GUUCACUGUUUCAUACUCUUAGUGUAAUAAUUGAAAACCUACAAAAGUCAAAUUGGUGGGGAGCUAAACUGGUGAUAAAGGUUUAGAGAGGCACCACCAGGAAGAGACAUAGGAAGAGAGGGGGCACUACAGUAACAGAUGGACUUAGAGGGAUUACAUGAUUCGGCAUGGGUUUGUGACAUAAAUUCCCAAGAAAGACAGAAAAGAGAGUAGAGUGGCGUGGAGACAGACGCUCAGUUGCUCCAGCAGUCUUUCAUCUCUGUCGACUAUUGGCUGGGAGGAUUAAAGGGAGGGAGUGCAGCUGCAGAGGUAAGGGUCACUGAUGCUCAUCCAGGAGGAGGAAUACUGGUGACAGAUACAGAGGGAACUGAUAGAGAGGGUAGUAACACGGAGAAUCAAGAUGGAGCAUCUAAAAUCAAGUUCUUAAGGAGCUUUUUGGCGGGGAUAACUGAGGUUUAAAGGUUUAAAGGAGUAAAGUGUUUGAAGUGUUUUUCUGCUGUGGUUACCUCAAGUUUGACCAGAAGUGCUACAAGGGACAAGAAAAAGUUCUGUGGUAGGUACUUGUCACUGGUUAAUUUAAAAUGAUUAGAGCUGAAAUGAUUGUCAAAUGACAGAAAGUUUAUCAACAGCUGUUUUGGUAAUGGAUUAAUGAUUUCAGUAAUCUUUUACAAGAAAAAGAAUGAGAAUUUUACAUGAAGAUUUUACCUUGGAGCUCUGGAAAGUUAUAAUGGACAAUUUUCACUGUUUUCUAAAAUACAAACUAAAUGAUUAAUAGAUGAAUCAUUGUUACUUACAGGCCUUCAAAAUGACUGAGACAUGCAAUGCUUUUCUUAUUUAAGCUGAGAUGGAGCUCUCAGGUAUUUUGGUAAUGACUGCAGCAUUUUAAAAGCAAUCAUGUGCAUCACCGAACUGUGCUUCUGUUGAACAAAGAAUUUGCAGUUUUCUUGUAAGAUUAACAAAAGGCUAUAUUGGUGUUCUUCAUGCUGGAUGUUUGUAAUUCUAGCAAAAUCUGUGGAUUCGCCUGCAUCCAACUUCAUUCAUGCUGUCAACUUUUGACUUUGAAUUUAUAUUGGUAACACUGUUCUGCAUGAUCAGCACAUUGUCACUGAUUGCAAAAGUUGAAUAUUAAUUGAGCAGAAAAAUGUCCUGACUAUGGAGGAAAUAAUGGUGAUCAUUUCAGGGAAUAUACAGAGUUCAGGUCUUCUGAAAAACAUGGACAGAUACCAAGUAGUAGUAGCAAUCACAGAAAGCAGGCAUUUAGGCUGGCCUUAUUCUUUGGGCAGUGUAAAUCUUGCACAUAUUGUACAAUUUCUUUUUUACCUGAUAAAACCUAUGUGCAGAAACGCACACAUUUAUGCAGAUGGUAGAUUUCUGUCUUUAGUUGCCGCAGUGAUCUCAUUAAGGGCAUAGGUUUUAUGCAUUUCAGCGGGUUGUCAGUGGGUUUGCUCCUGUGCACAGUAGAUUCACCAAAUUCACUUGGUCUAACUAAUGUUUUGUUGUAUUUCAGGGGCUGUGGGCUGACAGAGACAUUGCAUGUGAGAGAGACAGCCGAUAUGGUCAGAAAAUGAACUUCACACUAAAACACACCUAACACAAACAGAAUAAAGAAGAUUAUCAGGGAUUACUAGCAAAAAAUUCAUUUAGAUCGGUGGCUUAUCCAUAAUUUCAUCAAAAAAGUAAUCUCUUGUUGUUGCUCCCCUCCGUCUUGUCUUCCACAGAGGGUCCAGCAGUGGAGCUCAUAAUGAGCGGCAGGGUCAGGCCUGAGUGUGUUAAUCAGGAAGUGGGGCGGUAUUAGCCUGGGUCAUCGGAUAGCACACAUCACGUUUUCUUCCAUAACCCCUCCUUAUAAACACAGCUGGAGGUGUUAUGUGACCUCAGGCAGUUUUGUGACUCUUACUGCCUCAAGGAACAUUCAGCACAGUUAGAUAUCACCAUAUGGACACCCUGGUUUUAGCCUUUGUGUGUCCCAAUAAGCCUUUUCUCUUGCCAGGUGAUGAACUGCGUUUAAGGAUGUCCUGUAGCUCCUCCUUAGAUAUCCAACUUUUAAGGAUUAAUUCUAGUAUUUUUAAAUGACCUCAAUGCUUUUUCGGUACAGUCACACAUAUCUAGUGCGUACAAGAAGGCCUACAAGUGCUGAGGUCAGGGGAUGUAUGGCCACAUCAUUCAGCACAGGGAUCAAUACCAAGAGGUCAUAUUAAAGCUGUCUGGUCAGCAUACUGUUAUGUCCUUGCGUCCCACCGUUUUCUCUCACCGUGAACCAUCAUCCACCUAAAUCCCCUCUUGUUCAUUUUUUUGAUUCCAUCUGUCCAUCUUGCCGCACGUAUCAACUUCAGGGCAUCUUAUCCCAGUCACUCUCUUUAUCUUGUCUUUUAAUCACGUUGACUUUACAGUAGUGCUUUGUCAGCUGUGUUUUGUCAUCUCCUCUCUGUACUGUUACGUCACAUUUAUCUUUGCUUUCCGUUUAAACCUGGCAGCUCAUCACCUUUUAAAACCACCCCAAAGCAUCUGUCCCACCCUCUCGGCUCCAUCUGUGACUGCAGUCACACCUUCUGUCCCGUUUGUCCUGUUCCCACGUGGCGUGUCCCCUCUCCCUCCCCGUCUCUCUCUCUCUGGCCUCCCCCCGCCUCCCUCUUCUCCUGUGUGGCCAUGCUGGAGCGUAUGUCCCGUCGCUCUCGCUCCCUGCUGUCCCUGACCUUGACCACUCUGGCGCUGGCCCUCUCCAUCCUGGCUCUCUGCACCUCUUACUGGUGUGAGGGCACUCACAAGGUGGUCAAGCCCCUCUGCCUGUCACCUGUCAAAAUGAAGAACUGUGGUCAGAACAACAGCGAGCCUUACACCACAGAGAGUCCCACUCAGAACCCCUUCAACCGCACACUGUCUCCAGCCAGGAGGGAUGAGCUGGCCAAGAUCAGACAGAGGCAGCUGGCCAACGCGGUUCACUACAUCUGGGAGACAGGAGAAGACAAGUUUGCUUUUCGAUACUUUCACACUGGGUUCUGGGAAAGCUGUGAGAAACACAGCGACGGGGAGAAGUGUCGAAGCUUUAUAGAUCUAACACCUGGAGAAACACAAGGUGUGCUGUGGCUGUCAGUUAUUUCAGAGUUUACAUACAUCGGUCUGCUGGGGAUGGGCUUCUUGCUGAUGUGGCUGGAAGUCUUGUGUUCCCAUAAAGAGAUGCACUCGCUAAAAAUCAAUGCCUAUGCAGCAAUCUGCACUGUAUUAUCAGGUCUUCUGGGGAUGGUGGCCCAUAUGAUGUACACCACAGUAUUUCAGAUGACGGUCAUUGUGGGCCCCAAAGACUGGAGGCCUCAGUCCUGGGACUACGGCUGGUCAUUUGCUCUUGCCUGGGUGUCCUUCAGUUGCUGCAUGGGCGCCGCUGUGGUCACACUCAACUCCUACACAAAGACCAUCAUCGAGCUCCGUCGCAGACAGAGGCUCCGUUUGGAGGAGGCAAGAGCUGCCACUCAUGCUCCUUCCUAUGAUGAGGUUGUUCCAGGUGGUGGGCUCUACUCCGUCAGCGGCUUGCUGCAGUGUCCAGACGGCAUGAUCGACGUGGCGUGGGCCCCAAACGGCAGCGUGGUCGGAGUGGGGAAUGGGGACGUACCGACGCUGGUUUUAGUAGGAGGCUGUGGGCCGGAGGGGUGUGAAGACUGUGAGAGAGAGAUGGAUGAGAUGGAGGAGGCCAUGGACCGAGUUGAUUCACCUUGUUAGGGGAUCAUUUAUAUCCAUCAACUGAAACUGCUGAAAAAGUGAAAAAAGGAAAGACUCUGUCGCCAUGCGGAUCAAUGUGAGCAAACACAUCCUGUUUUUAUUUUCUUCCACUCUGACUUUGAUUGAAGUGGGGACAUACUGACUGCGCUUGAAGCCCAGUAAAAUCCAUACAUAUCAAAAUGUAAAGUCCACAGUGUAUGUAUAGGUCACACUGACAUGCAUGUUUUCUGGGUAUUUCUCAGUGCCUCUUGGUAGGAAAGUGAAUGCAUGUCUCUGUAUGUAACUGCAUAUAAAUAUUUCUAUAAUUUUAUUGUUUAUAUAUUAACAUGCAAUGUAUCAGGACAGCAGCAUCUCACUGAGCACUUCAUUGCAUAGACGGGAUGGUUGUUUCUUCUCCUGUUGAUACCUAAACAGAAUGGCCUGUCCUUUAGAGUAAAUAGACAAUAUAUCCUCAUUAAUCUGAGUGGGACAUUCAACAUGUUUAAUUUUUCAGGCUCGUCUCUCUGUCUUGCCACAAACGUUUGACAGAUACAUCAUUUGGAUGCAACGCGUGUAUACCAGAAGCUACAGCAAACACGGCCCCUCUGCAGAUGCACAGACAAACCCCAUAAGAUAGACACAUAGAGCUAGAAAGAUUACAGAGAUUUUGAAAAGUCUGCUCUCUGAUGUUGAACAGAAGAUUAUGUGUAAACCAGUAAUCCCGAGUUGGAUGGAAAGGAGGAGGAACAGAGUGAGGAGAGAUGGUAGGCAU